ACAGUUGUUCUGGUACGAUCUUUCUACCAUGAGGUAGGUCGCUGGUAUCGUGUAGACCAGUUGCGUAAAGUAUAGAAUACCCGCGCUGUCUGUGAACUUUGGUAGUGAUAAGUUUUGUAAACAGUGUAUGAAUAGAGUUUAAAAGAAUUCAGAUUUCUUAGAUUAAAGUUAACAAUAGGGUGAAAAAUUUUAAGAAACAGACAGCAUUUGGAGUCGAACACUUCAUGUAAAGUAACUGGACGUUGAUCAGGAUUUACAUCAUCAAAUUGAAUAAAAAUCAAGAAUGUCUAAGGAUGCUAAAAGUCUGGUAUGGGACUAUCUAGUCUUCAUCAUUUUUGUCAUAGCCAGUACGUUUGUGGCCCUAUAUUCAAAAUGUUUUGGACCCAAAGUGAAAACGAAAGCAGAUUAUGUAUUUGCAGCAGGCAAAGUUUCCAUGGCUGCUAUGAUGUUGAGUAUAGCUAGAGGGACACUAGGAGUGCGAUCGUUUCUAGGUUACCCUUCCGAACUAUUCUACAGAGGAGCCACAAUGUGGGAAACCCUUUACGGAAUGGUCCUGGCCUAUCCAAUAGUUUGCUUCAUAUUCGUGCCGGUGUAUUUCAGCCUUGGAAUAACUUCUGUCUAUCAAUAUUUAGACCUUCGGUUUAAAUCACAAUUCGUUAAACAACUGGCAUCUGGAACUUAUAUUGUUAGGGCGCUUCUCAAUCAGGGCGUGACAGUUUUCACUCCUUGUGUUGCUCUAAACACUGUUAUUGGAAUUCCUUAUUGGGCGUCCAUAUCCGGAAUAUCGAUAGUCAGCAUUAUUUUCAAUAUAUUGGGAGGUCUGAAAGCUGCCAUUUGGGCGGAUGUCAUGCAAGGCGUUACAAUGAUUGUUGUCAGUAUGGCUAUUAUGUUUCAAGGCUGUUUUGAAGCAGGAGGACCAUUAAAAGUAAUCGAAGUUAACAGAGAAGACGGAAGACUCAAUUUUUUCAACUUUAGCAUGGAUCUCACAACUCGAGUAACAACGACAUCUGCUAUUAUCGGUCAAUUAUUUAUGUCGUUGUCAAUUUUUGGAUGUCAACAGAAUUUUGUUCAAAGGUACUGCAGUAUGAGAUCACAAAAGGAAGUAACAAGGACUAUGAUGUGGAACAUCCCUGUCAUAACCGUAUUAUUCAGUUUAUCUUGGUUAGUGGGGAUGGUAGUAUACGCUGUAUAUUCCAGCUGUGAUCCUCUCUCGUCUGGAUAUAUUCAGAAAUAUGACGAAAUCCUGCCGUUUUUUGUUGAAGACCGAUUCAGCUAUUUGCCUGGCAUACUAGGAUUAUUUAUGGCAAGUCUUUUCAAUGGAGCUCUCAGUUUGAACGUUUCAAAUCUAAACUCCUUGGCAACUGUUACUUUCGAAGAUUUUGUGCGUCCUAUUCCUAUAUUCAAAGACAUGAAGGAUUCCAAGCAGCUAUGGACAAUUAAAUUUAUAGGAGUAGUCUACGGAUUUAUCAUUAUGGGAAUCAGCUUCGGAGUAGGUCUUUUGGACGGCGUUAUUGAAUCUUCAAUGUUGGUUACUUCAGCCACUUCUGGACCCUUACUAGGAGUAUUCGUGAUGGCUUUAUUGAUACCUUGCGCAAAUUGGAAGGGUGCAUCAGUUGGAGUAAUAUCAGGCCAUAUAGUCACUCUUUGGAUUGCCAUAGGGGGCUUAACAAUUGAAAAACCGCCAGCAAGCUUUCUUCAAGUAUACACGGACGGUUGCAGUAACACCUCUUUCAAUGAUCAUAUAUUGAAACCCGAACACCGAUACCCAAGCUGGACUCCUACAACUACUCCGUCUCCGUUCCAUAUCUACAACGACACUCACACUCUAUUGAAUACUACCAGAGCAGCUCCAUCAGAUCCACUUACUCAACUGUACUCAGUUACUUAUAUGUAUUAUUCAUUAAUCGGAUGCUUCAUCACAAUUCUUUUUGGUUGGACUGUUUCCUAUUUUACCGGCAGUGAAAGUGACAGAUACGAUGAGGAGUUAAUACAUCCAAUUGCUAGAAAAAUGGCGAAAAUAUUUCCUGGAAAAAAAAGAAUUUAUUCACAAAAAGUAAUUUGCGAAGAUGAUAUCCCAGAAAAAUGUGAGAAAACCACAAAACUAGAUUCUGUUAUGCAGCCGUCAACAAGCUGCACUAACCCUCCGGGCACCAAAACGGGUACCCUCAAUCCUACAUUUUCAGAUUUGUCAGAUGAAUCAAUAGAUGGUAUAUAUAGAACUAAAUUGUGAUUUUUGCUAGAGCACCGAAGAAAAUGUAAUGGAAUGCCUAUUACUUUUAGAAACUUCUGUGAUCUCUAUAUGUUAUAUAAACUUUAAUGUAAUUCUUCUGUACGGUAUUAUUGUUAACAAAGACGUCAGAUUCGUCAUUACACGAUUAUAUUAAAUUUUCAGUGACCCAGUUAUCUUGGUGACCAAGACUUCAAAGUUAUUAAGUAUUUAUUAUGUGAGCUAUUUUAUUUCUAUUUAAGCAUUAGUUAUACCCAUUUAGUAGUUAUUUAUCGUUAUAAAGUAGACAACAAUACUCAAAUGUAUAGAACUACCAACUCUAGGACUGUUUAAAUAUUUGUUACUUAUCAAAAGUUUCUUAUCAUACCUGUCGAAUUUAUAUAUACAAGAAAAAUUGAUUAAUUUUUCUACAAAAUAUAUAUUUGGGAUAUUUUCAGUCUGAGAAGGAAUCCUUGAUUCAUGAUGUAAUUGAUUAUUGUGGUCACGUGUCCAGUGGACUAACGAUAUAAAUAUAAAGAAGCUGAACCAACAAUUAUAAUAUUUUUUAUUUUAUAAGACUUUUGUAUACACUUUUACUUGUAACAGAUUAAUAAUAAAUCACUACGUGAUGCAGGUGCCCACAAACUUUAUAAAAUUAAUUGAUUUUAUUAUGCUUCACUUUGAAUUAGAGGUAUUUACUUGAAGUGCACAAUUUUAAUUAUUAAAAUUCCUUGGUUCAGAUCUUCUGUUCAGCGAAAGUGUUAAUAACAUUAUCAAAGUUCAAAAUUUGGGCAAUAGAAUUGUUGACCAAGCUGCUUAACCUUUCUUGCCCCAUAGAAUUUCUUGAAUGAGUUUUUAUCAAUCUCAGUUUUGGAAAUGACCGCUCAGCACUAGCAGUAGUUACAGAAAUAGUGAGAAAUGCAAUGGGCACUUCAAGAAAGCUUAAAGCUAUAAAAUGAUUCUGCAAGUUCUCAUAUGAAUAUGACGUUUCUAUUUCGUGCUUAAAAGAGAAUCAAAAAUUGAAAAUUUCCUUUGAAAACUAGAUAGAUAUAUGUUUGUUAUAUAGAUCGACGAAUGCUUCAUUCCAAGCAAACGCGACCUCAUUUGACUAAUUUCAAUGUUUCAUUCACGAUAGAAUAUAUUCAGUUUAAACAAUCUCCCAGGAUCUUGGAAACGUUGAUCCUCACAAAUUUCAUCAAAAUGACAUUUCACUUCUCUCUGACCAGUUUAAGGAAAUUCGGGGUUUAAAAUUCAUUUGAAUUCAAUAAUAUUUGUUUCCAUUUUCAAAUCUUCUCAUCCAUAUCGUUAUUUUUUAAGUUCUUCUUAACAGACUUACAAAUGGUUUAAAGCCUUUGAAAUGGAUCGAUGGAUUUAAAUUGAUGUGCGUCUAUGGUUUGUAAGACUUUACAAUAGAAAACCAGCAACCGAAAGAAAUUGUAGUGUAAUUGAAAUGAAAUGUACAUGAACAAACUCAACAAACAUGUCAUAAAAGCGUGCAGCCCCAUUUAGUUGGAUUAAUUUUUGUAAUGUUAUUGAAGACUAAUACAAUACACAGAAAAAUGUGAAUUUAUUGCACAGUUUCCAAUAAUGUUUGUAUUUCUAUAACAUCUUUCACUCCAUCGCUUACCAUGAAAUUCAAAUUAUGAGCAGCAUAAUGCACGUAUACCGUGUUUGACUAUAUAUCUCCCAUGAGUUUAUGAGCACUGCCAUAAGUAAGUUUCAUGGUAUCAACUGCAUUGUAUCCUUGACACGGCACUUAUUCAGAUAUACUUUUGUGAUUUAUGAAUUUUAUUAUCUGCUUGUAUAUUGCUAAGGCAGUUUGAUCCUUAACCUCACAAAAUUCUCAAAAUGACUCUUUCACUACGAGAGUGUUUGGACUUCCAUUUUCAUAUUUUAUUUUAUCUGACCGUUAGGAGAUAAAUAUCAAGGGUCUAGUGAGUAUCUGUGGGUAUGUAUUUUUAUUUUUCUUUGAUAAUGGGCUCUUGUUCUUCAUCUAGUAUUUUAUGCCACUGUCGAUGUACAAAACAUGAAUGCAAAUGUUUUUUCCGUGUCUCACGUCUUUCUAUGACUUCCACAAAAUUUUACCAAUCAUCAUACCAUCCAAAUGUUUUGUAAAUUUUUAGAUGCUCCACUUUUUAAGCAAUAAGGAAUAGGACAGCCAUGUAAUUUCUAACUUCACUCUAGAUUUAUAGAAACACUGUAAUCAAAUAUAUCCAAAAAAAAUAUGUUGUUACCAUCCCUCAAAAAGGGCCUUUUGGUUUAUAAUCUCUGUUUUCGAUCAAUGACCUCUUCAAAAUUAUCUCCAUCACCAACUAACGGUGAAGAUUUAUUUUGUAUAUCCAAAACUGAUUUAUUUGAACAUUUUCUGGUACCUGCUUUAGUUGUUCUGGAUCUAAAUAUGUACUUUUAUCGAGAUCUGGCAUAUUUCCACUUACGACGACAUCAUUUUCUACACUUUUGGCGCACUGCGCUAUUCAUUUUAUUUCAUUAUUAUUUAUUUUGUUUUUCAAACUCCUUCUUUCGUUUUCGUAUAUCAUUCAUACUCUAAUACUUCCUAGAACAAGAAUGUUAAAAGUUUAUAAUAACAGUAUAGUUUUUAACAAAUGGAAAAUUAUGAUUAAUAAGGAACGUCGAAAAUGCAGCUACAGAAAUUUUUCUAAAGAUUGUACCAUUUUUAAUUCAAUUGAGCAAUUUUGUCAUUAUUGGAAUAACGAUUAACAUAGGUGAAAAGUUUUGGUGGUUAAGCGCGGUGAGAAUCAUUAUUUGAAAUGAUUAUUUCCAAAGUAGACUAAAAAUUGAAAGGAUUGCUAUCUUAUAAGUUAAAUUAUAAUGAAAUAAUUACCGAAUAGAUAUUGUGAACCUAUUUCUACAAUUAACUUAACAAAUGCUCAGUUUCAACGAACAACCAAUUCUUACAUGUAUUAAACUAGUCAUCACAGAAUAUACCCUAAGAAGAAAUGCAAACUUAGUUGUUAUACAGUGGAAAUAACAUGGCGGAUUUUCUAUGCCAGUGCCCUCGAUGGUAGGUGGUAGGACUAAUCUUUUUUCUAGAUAUUUAAAUUUACCAC